GAGGUGGUAUCAUUUGAAGAUGUGGCUGUGGACUUCACCUGGGAGGAGUGGCAGGACCUAAAUGAUGCUCAGAGGAAUUUGUAUAGGGAUGUGAUGUUGGAGACCUACAGCAACCUGGUGUCACUGAGUGAAGUUCAGCACUUGGGAGCGCAGCGG